CAGCCAAUCAGAUUGCGCCUUUCCUGACUCCGUCCACUUAUCAUCAGGCUCUCAGCGUCACGAGCGUCUUCUCUGCUUGCCCGCCCGAGAGACACAGCACCCUCAUUGCACACAGUUAGGCCAGAAAAGAAUAAGAAACCAUGUCUAUCCUGAAGAUCCACGCCCGUGAGAUUUUUGACUCCCGUGGCAAUCCCACUGUGGAAGUUGACCUGUACACGAAGAAAGGUCUCUUCAGGGCUGCAGUUCCCAGUGGUGCUUCCACAGGCAUCUAUGAGGCCCUCGAGCUCCGUGACAAUGACAAAACCCGCUACAUGGGCAAAGGUGUCUCUAAAGCUGUUGAGCAUAUCAAUAAAACUAUUGCACCUGCACUGGUCAGCAAGAGUGUGAAUGUUGUGGAGCAGGAGAAGAUCGACAAGCUGAUGCUGGACAUGGAUGGAACAGAAAACAAGUCUAAGUUCGGUGCUAACGCCAUCCUGGGCGUCUCCCUGGCUGUGUGCAAGGCUGGUGCAGCAGAGAAGGGUGUCCCCCUCUACCGCCACAUCGCUGACCUGGCAGGAAACCCUGAAGUCAUCCUCCCUGUGCCUGCUUUCAACGUCAUCAACGGCGGCUCCCAUGCUGGAAACAAACUGGCCAUGCAGGAGUUCAUGAUCCUGCCUGUUGGCGCCAGCAGCUUCAAGGACGCCAUGCGGAUCGGUGCCGAGGUCUACCACAACCUGAAGAAUGUGAUCAAGGAGAAAUACGGCAAGGAUGCCACCAACGUUGGAGAUGAGGGUGGCUUCGCCCCCAACAUCCUGGAAAACAAAGAAGCUCUGGAGCUGCUGAAGAACGCCAUCGCCAAGGCCGGCUACACUGACAAGAUCGUCAUCGGCAUGGAUGUGGCUGCCUCAGAGUUCUACAAGGGAGGAAAGUACGACCUGGACUUCAAGUCUCCAGAUGACCCCAGCCGUUACAUCACCCCCGACCAACUGGCUGACCUCUACAGGGGCUUCGUCAAGGAUUACCCUGUUGUUUCCAUCGAGGACCCCUUUGACCAGGAUGACUGGGAGGCAUGGACCAAAUUCACAGCCAGCACCAACAUCCAGGUGGUGGGCGACGAUCUCACUGUCACCAACCCCAAACGUAUUUCCAAGGGUGUGGCUGAAAAAGCCUGCAACUGCCUGCUGCUGAAGGUCAAUCAGAUCGGCUCGGUCACAGAGUCCCUGCAGGCCUGCAAGAUGGCCCAGACCAAUGGCUGGGGGGUGAUGGUAAGCCACCGCUCCGGAGAGACUGAGGACACUUUCAUCGCUGACCUGGUUGUUGGCCUCUGCACUGGACAGAUCAAGACUGGUGCACCUUGCCGAUCUGAGCGUUUGGCCAAGUACAACCAGCUCCUGAGGAUUGAGGAGGAGCUCGGUGACAAGGCCCGCUUUGCUGGCAAGAACUUCAGGCACCCCAUCUGAGACGGGUCAACUUCCUCUGGGCCACUGCGUGUUCAUUGCUCAUAAAUAAUCCCCCACACAUGUACGCCACGCUAGAUCGCCUGCUCUAUAUGGAGUGAAGAUGGAAAAGACACCUCUAUAACCCAAGGUCCAAGUCUGUAGUCUGUGGCGUUGAGAAGCGGCACUGUGUCCCAGUGCAGCCAUAUGGCUCAGCUCAUCUGCUAACUCUGCUUUAGCUCCUGAAUAGUGUUGGUCCUCGUGUUUUGUGUCUGUUACUGUGUGAAAUUUCUUUAAGCUUCCUGUGAGUUGUAGUGAUUGUGGUCCUCAGAUUAUUUGAGCAACUAACUUUAGUAGGGUUCAGCCUGAAGCAGUGGUAAGAGUUCUGUAUGUGCAAUGUGUUGCCUAAAGGUCUUGUGUUGCUGUAAGCACUGGCAGAAAUAUGUAAUAAAUAAUAUAGUUUCAAAACUU